AUGACAGAGUUUCAGUCUUUCACAACCUUAAUAAAACGUUUAGAAGCCGCAACUUCGCGCCUCGAGGACCUUGCCACCUCAACUGCCUCCGCAGUGGCGGUUACGAAUAACCUUGGUCGUCACCCAGUUGGUGGACAGCCCGCGCCAACCUCAUACAGCGUUCCCGCCAGUAAUAAUGUGACCGAGGAACCGGAGGUGCCUCUCGUGUUAGCUGCUUAUGAUGAGAUUAUGGAGAAUUCUUUGAAGAAUUUUGUGGAUUUAUCGAAGAGUAUUGGCGGGCUUGUUGAGGAUCAGAGCCAUUCAGUUGAAGACAUUUUUAUAGCUCAACGCGACUUUAUAUAUAUUGCAACGCAAUCCCAAAAACCCAGUCUUUCUUCUGAUACGUUUUCCGAACUUCUCAAACUUACGCAACAAGCAUUAGAGAAAGUAUGCGAAUACCGUGAGAACAAUCGCCCUUCGUCGUUUUUUAAUCACCUAUCGACUGUGAGUGAAGGUAUAGGCGCAUUAGGUUGGGUGACAGUAGAGCCCAGGCCGGCACCAUACGUCGGAGAUUUAAAAGAAAGUGCGCAAUUUUACGCCCAUAGGGUUAUUCAAGAGUGGAGAGAUCGAGAUAGAGCACAUGUAGAUUGGGCGAACAGUUUUAUUAUUCUUCUCACUGAGUUACAAGGCUAUGUUAAAAAGUAUCAUCCAACUGGGCUGGUCUGGAAUCCACAAGGAGUAGAUGCAAAGACAUUCAUCGGCCGCAAACCCGCUCAGGCUGCAGUGUUCGCUGAGAUUAAUAAAGGCGAAGGUAUCACUGCUAGCCUGAAGAAAGUUGAUAAGAGUCAAAUGACACACAAGAAUCCUGCAUUGAGGGUUAGUGCAACAGUUGGCGAUGUUGGAGCCAAGUCACACAAGAAAGGCCCGACUGCACCACCCAAGCCAGCUUCGUUGAGUAUGAAGAAGCCUCCAAAGACUGCAUUGGAUGGAAAUAAAUGGACCAUUGAAAAUUACGAAAACGAUAGUAACGUUAUGUUGGAUCAGGCGGCAAUCAAUCAAACUGUCUAUAUUUAUGGAUGUAAGAAUUCAACGAUCCAAGUAAAAGGCAAGGUCAAUACUGUUACAAUUGAUUCCUGUCAAAAGACUGGCGUGCUACUGGAGUCUGUAGUCGCUGCUGUCGAUGUUGUUAAUUGCAAAUCAGUUCAGCUCCAGAUUCUCGGUAAGACGCCGACUAUCGCACUUGACAAAACUGACAGCGGUCAAGUGUUCUUAUCAUCAUCAUGUUUGGACGUGGAAAUCCUGACUGCCAAGUGCUCUGCCAUCAAUGUUAACGUUCCCGAAAUUGGUGAGAAUGGUGAUUAUGCUGAGCGGCCAGUACCCGAGCAAUUGAAGAGUACAAUCGUUGAUGGGAAGCUUGUUACCGUUCCCGUUGAGCAUACAGGAUAA